AGUCCAAAAAGAGAUGUAUAACAACAUGACCCUCACCCAUUACCAUUACCAUUACCUUUACCUACGCCUCACUUUUUAUUUCUCUCACAAACAAACAAACUCAUCAUUACUUACCAUCUUUUCCGGCGACUUUCCGAUGGCCGUCGACAACUUCUCCCGAUCAGUUCACACCGGACUUCAAAUAUGCAAACGAAUAUCCUACGGAAAAGACAAGGCUUCAAUGACUGCUCCAAAGGCACCCUCCAUGAAGAAAUCAUCUUCAUCUUCUACAUCCUCGUCGUUGCGGCAGCCGGAGAAUCAUCUUCCGACGGCACCUAUGGUUUACGCGGUCAUAGUUGAUCCUUCUAUUGUUGAUAAUCCGGAUAUUUGUAGCUACCAGCCCUAUGUGUACGGUCAUUGUGAUCCUCCGGCGUUGGUUCCGCUGCAUAUGCAUGGAGUUACGAUGGAAGUUGACUGUUAUCUGGACACUGCGUUUGUUACGGUUAGAGGAACUUGGCGCCUUCAUUGUGUAGCGUCGAGUGCAAGCUGCGAUUGCAAGAUUGCGAUUCCGAUGGGUGAGCAGGGUUCAGUUCUAGGUAUAGAGGUGGAGACCCCUAGAAGAUCAUAUUCUACUCAGUUUGCAACUGCACAAUCCGAAAAUGAUGUAACCAAAACAAGUAAUGGGUAUCUAAUGAAAGGCAACACAUACAUGCUCAAAAUUUUCCAGGUUGAGGGAGGAUCACAUAUCCAUGUUAAUGUUAGAUGGUCUCAAAAGUUGUUGUACCAAAAUAAUGAGUUCUGCCUUAGUGUGCCUUUCACCUUUCCGGUUCAUGUUGUGCCGGUAGUGAAGGGAUAUUCUAUGAAGGAAAAGGUGUUGUUAAAUGUGAACUCUUGUACAGAUAAAGAGAUCAUGUGCAAUGUUUCUACUCAUCCUUUAAAGGAAACUAGACGACAGGCUGGCGAAUUAGGCUUCUCAUACGAGGCAGAUGUCCAGAAAUGGUCUAGUCAAGACUUCUAUUUUUCUUUCUCUGUAUGCGAGGAUGAUAUCUUUGCUGGUGUACUACUGCAGUCUCCAUCUUUACAGGAUUGUGAUCAGAGAGAUGUGUUUUGCUUUUAUCUUUUUCCUGGGAGUAACAAAAGUAUUAAGCCUUGGAGAAAGGAAGUGGUAUUUCUGGUAGACAUAAGCGCAAGCAUGCAAGAUGACCCUCUUGAGAGAUCAAAAGAUGCGGUGAUUGGUUGCCUUUCAGAGCUUAAUCAACAAGAUUCUUUUAACAUCAUAGCCUUUAAUGGAGAUAUUCAGUUAUUCUCGUCUUCAUUGGAAUUAGCGACAGAUGAAGCAAUUACAAAUGCAACUAAAUGGAUGAACACAAAUCUUAUUGCUGCAGGUGGUACAAACCUCCUUAUUCCCUUGAAACAGGCAUUGGAAAUGGUUGGUAAAACUGGUGAAUCUAUUCCUUUCAUAUUCCUCAUUACUGACGGUGCUGUUGAAGAUGAAAGAGAUAUUUGUAAUAUGAUUAAAGAUCACCUUAUGGAGGGAGAAACCGAUUGUCCUCGAAUUUGCACAUUUGGCAUAGGUUCAUACUGCAAUCAUUAUUUUUUGCAAAUGCUUGCACAUAUGGGAAGAGGAUGCUAUGACGCUGCAUAUGAUGUAGAUUCAAUUAGUGAGCGACUACCACGAAUGUUUAAUAAUGCUUUAUCUCCUGUACUCACAAAUAUAACCCUUGAUGCCCUACAAAAUCUUGACUCAACCGAGUUGUAUCCUUUUCGUAUUCCGGACUUGUUUGGAAGUCCGUUAGUUGUAUCAGGUCGAUACCAUGGGAAUUUUCCUGAUAUCGUUACGGCUAGUGGUAUCAGGGCUGAUCUCAGCACUUGUGUGAUUGAUGUCAAAGUGAGGAAAGCAAAGGGCAUAUCUUUAGACAGGGUUUGUGCAAGAAGGGAGAUUGAUACACUCACAGCACAUGCAUGGUUAUACCAAAAUACACAGAUAGAGAAAAAGAUUGCUAAUAUGAGCCUACAAAUGGGAGUUCCUUCUGAAUACACCUGCAUGAUUCUAGUUCAAAGCGACAAAAUAAAGCUAGCCCUUGAUACAGUUCAACUAGAGGAGAAGUGUUCGAAGUUAGAGAAUCGCAAGAUGAUAUACCUACGGAAUAUAAGUGUUGGAUUUGGUGACUUGAAGGCAACGAUUGAUAAUUUACCUCCGGGAAUUGUAGAUUUAGAAGUAAACGAGCCUGCAGGAAUAAUGAUGCAAGCAGCUUCCUCUUGUUGGGGUAUGUUUCUUGAUCGAUGUUGUUGCAUGUGUUUGAUCCAAUCAUGUUCCAGAAUGAAUGAUCAAUGUGCCAUUGUCCUCACGCAACUGUGUACCGCCCUUGCUUGUUUUGAAUGCCUCAACUGGUGCUGUGAAUUAUGUGAUUGUUGUAGUGAUUUUUGUUAAUAAAGAGUAGGUAACUUAUAGAAUAAAAAACCAAAUAUAUACCUUAUGUGCUAUAUGGUUAUGUAUAUUCUAUUCACCGAUUUUUUUUUGUCGUGUCACUCCUAUGGCUUCUAACAUUAUGAGUUAUCAACUAUAUAUGCCGUCAAAUUAUGCUGGG